UGCUCAAAAAAAAAUCCAGAACACGCAAUCUGAUGGAAGUUGAAUACGAAUAUGUUGAAGAAUAUACAUUGCUGGAAGAUAAAAAACGAAAAAUGUCGCAUGACCUAUCUCCGUAGGUAAACCAAGUGUCAAAUACCGGUACCGGUCUUAGCUUACGGGGUCAAAGCUGACCUGCUGAAUACCUCCAUUACAGGAUAGCUAAUGACUUCUUUGCGAUACGAAGAAAAUUCUGUCUUAGAAAUCUUGCUUAUGGUUGAUGAAAAAGCGUAAAGCUUCUCACUAUACUAGUUGCUUAUCACCAACAUAGGUUCAAUGUACUAAUAUACCAAACUUAAUAUUCACUAUGAUUCACAAUAUACAUAUGUAUCGAAUUUUUUUUAUUUACUAGUAAAGGAUGAUAAAUAUAUACCGAUAUACAAUCGCUUUUGUUAAAGUAAUAUAUCAAAUUUUAGCAUAUGCAGCAAAUUUGUACCAUUAACAUUUUUGAAUAUAUAAAAGUUUUGCUUUUAUAAAAACAUUUGAUGACACCGUAUCUUUUUUCUUUGAUAAUUUCACAACGGCCUCAAAUUGAAAGCUACUCAAAUUUCGGAAUACAAAAAAUUCGUAAUGUCAACGAUUCUGCGAGUUAUUUACACUUGACAGACAAAAAAAGUCAGGUUAAUCUCAGGCAAACUGUAGCAAGAGCAACAAGAGACCAUGCUUCCAUAUCGAGGAUUAUACUUAGUGAUAAUAAUUUCGUUGAUAAGUAUCAUACUUGCCGACAUUCAAUCCGGCUACGUACAACAAUUUGGCAGCGAUCUACAUUAUUCUACUCUUCCGCAAUACAAGAUAAUACAUCACAACAAAAGAACGCGUAGAUCCGAUCUUACGAACUCCGAAUUCAGUACAUCUGCUUUCGUUACACAUGGCAAUGAUGUGACCGCGAAGUUGCCCUCAACUGACAUCAAACAUUCUACAAUCGACUCAUACGAGCUUAUCAACACUAACGAUAAGCGUGUGAAGAAUCGUCAAAUAAAGAAUGAUGAUAUAACAGAGCCUGCAAUCACCCCUUUUUCGAAUACAUACAUAUAUCCCAUACAUACAUAUCUUCCGCACUAUUACUGCAACAACCUAAAUGAAAGGCCACAAGUGAUUUUGAGAUUUCUUCCCAAACAAACAGAAUUAACAAAAUUUUCAAUGGAACCAGCAUCAAAUGGUUAUCGUAGCAAACAGCAAAAGGAAAUUUUAAAUAUAAACCUGACUGACCGUAAACAAGAUAAGAUCCAAAAUGUUGUUCCUUCCCGAAAAAACUUUGUUCCAACUUUUGAGGAAGUGCGAGUACCUCUGUUGUACUAUACAUUUCGUGAAAUGCCAUUUUUUGGAAGAAACAGCCAAUUGAAUUAACAAGACAUCUUUUGGUUCAACAAAAUUUACUUGGACUAAAUAAAACUGUUUGUUAUUAUAAUGAA